AUGGAAGACCUCAAGAAAAAAAGGACGCCUUUGAAGGCUAAAAUUACAAGAAUCGAAAACUGGCUCUCACAAAAGGCUAGUACGGAAAAGGAUGCGCUACAAUUUCAAUUUCGGCAAACAGAAUUAAAAACCUGUUUUUUAAAAUAUGAAGAAAUAAUGGAUCAGAUAGACGAGAUUGAUGAAGCCGGUACUGAAGCAGAAGACAGGGUAACAACUGAGCAAAAAUAUUUCUCUAUUCUCGCGGGCCUACAGCGUAAGAUGGACGAGUUAUUGUUGGGCCCCCCUCCUCUCAGAUCAAAUAGCACUCAGUCAACUGUGGCCACUGCUAAGGUUAGGCUUCCGGAGAUCACCAUGCAAACGUUCUGCGGGUCAUUCUCUGAGUUCAACUCGUUCUACCAGCUCUUCGAGACGCUAAUAGUGAACAAUGAAGAACUCAAUAAUGUGCAACGAUUUAUUUACCUUAAAUCGUUCCUGCGAAAUGAACCCCUCCAGUUGAUCGACAACAUCGAAGUUAUCGACGAAAAUUUCGAUAUAGCUGUAAAAACUCUCAAAGAUCGUUACGAAAACAAAUCGCGAGUGAUUAGCUUACACAUUCAAAAAUUGUUAAAGGCUCCAUCUCUAGUUAAAAGUAAUUCAAAGGCGUUACGCGAAUUUUUAACUCUAGCUCAGCAGACGCUGCUCGCUUUGAAAAAUAUGUCCGUACCAAUUGAGCAUUGGGAUUUACUAUUAAUUGAAAUAUUUUUACAAAAAUUAGAUUUUUCUACACAUAGGGCCUUUGAAUAUGAUAUUGGGACAAAGACCUUACCUACCCUUUCACAGUUUUUUAAAUUUCUCGAGAAAAAGUGUGAUAUUCAGGAAAAAUUAAAUGUUUCAGAUCAUGAUAAAAAGGUUAAUAACAGGUCUCAAUCAAAAACAUCUUUCUUCUCAUCAGUUGACCAACCAUCACACUCUUUCUCUGAUAAUAAUUGUACUUUUUGCAGAAGUAAUGCUCAUAAGGUUUAUCAGUGUAAUGAUUUUAAAUGCCUCUCUUUACAGGAAAAAUUUAAUUUUGUAAAAGGUAAGAAACUGUGUUUUAAUUGUUUGGGUAGUAAACAUUUCUCUCAAGAUUGCGGCUCUACUCGAUCAUGUACUUUGUGUGGGGGUCAUCAUCACUCAUCCCUCCAUGGAACCUCUGAAAAUGUCUCUUCCUCUAGGAACAUCAAUAGGCAAGCUCUCUCUCGUGAGCGCAAUGCUCAAACUCCUCAAAAUUCUCAAGGUGCUUCUCGUGUUGUCGCUCCCAUAUCUACUCAGCAUUCUUUUAAUAAUCGCAGCCAAAAUGAAGCUUCUACUAGCUCAUCCAGACCUCCUUUAGAUAUGCAAAAUUCUCCAGAUUCUCAGGCAGCCACAUCUCUCUCCGCUUUAUCAGUUAAAACUGAUGUAUUGUUGGCUACCGCUUUACUACAGAUAUCAACCAUAUCCGAAAACACCUCACUCUCAAACGAAAUGUUAAACUUAGAAUUUUUCCCCUAUAAUGUAAAGGACAGAAGUUUUAAAACUUCUUUCGCUGUACUCGAUAGUAUAACUUGUAGGCUUCCUAGAGCUACUAUAGAUAGAAGUAAAAUAAAAGUCCCACAGGAUCUCACUCUCGCAGAUCCCUCGUAUUCUGUUCCGGGUAAAAUUGAUUUGCUUCUAGCUGGUGAUAUCUAUAGUGAAUUAUUGACGGAUGGAUUUAUACGGUUGGGAAAAAAUCUUCCCAUUCUUCAGAAUACUCACUUAGGCUAUGUUAUUUUUGGUACAAUUAAUCCUCAGGUUUUUCACCGUAAUUCACAUUUGGCUAUCUCUCAGUCAAAUGUUUCUCUCUUUGUUCAAUCCGAACCCGAAGAAAAUCAGUUGGAUAAGUUGCUUCAACAAUUUUUCGAAAUUGAAGAAGUUCCCCUCGUUAGUAAAUUAACUCCCGAUGAAGAAUUAGCGGAACAAAUAUUUAGCAAAACUACUCUUGUAUUACCUUCAGGCCGCUUUCAAGUAAAUCUUCCAUUUGUCUCUGAAAACGCUAAUAAAAUGUUAGGAGACCACGACAGAGAUGAAGAAGUGGAAAUAAGCCAAGUCCAAGAAGUACCUGACCUCACGUUUGAGGAAUUCAUGACGGACAAUGGAGGUACCGGUAAAGCAAGACAUGAUGUUACCACUAAAGAAAAGCAAGAUCUACUGGCACUUCCCGAUCCGACCCUAGCCCAUAAUAUACCGGCCAGUAUUAAAGAAAAGAAGUUCCUCUGGACGAAAAUCCAGUAUGUCCCGAAAUAG